AUGUCGCAGAGCCUGGAUAUAGAGCAGGACGCCCCCGGCGCCGUGCGCUCGCCCCGGCAGUCACGUGCGCAGCGGCCGACCUUGGCCGGCCUUGACUUGGACCCCGAGGGCGAGGACGACGAGUACAACGAGGAAUUCGAGGACACGGCAAUCAAGGACGAGGACGACGACGAGCUAGAUGAGGAAGGCGACGCCGAGGAGGACGCCGGCGAGGACGCCGGCGAGGACGCGCAGCCGCCGAAAAAGAAGCGUGGGCGCAAGAGAAAGGCCGCCACGCAGGAGCCCGAGGACGCGGGCGGCGAGGCCGGAAAAGCCGGCGGCAAGCUGGACACCGCCGGCGAGGACGAGGACGGCGACCGCGCCAAGGCCGGGCCCGCGGACGGCGACAAGGCCGGGCCGGGCCGCAAGAAGGGCAAGAAGAGAGGCCGCAAGCCCAAGAUCCCGCGGCCGGAGGACGUGAUUUUCGACGACAAGGGCAACGAGAUCAACGUCCAGAACGACGAGGUGGUGCUCGAGGACGAGGACCCGCAGGGCCGCGCGAAGAUCGACGAGCUCGGCUUCUUGCAGGGCGGCCGCACGUUCCGCAUCAAGACGUUCACGCUUCUCGGCAAGGGCGAGCGCCAGUACAUGGUGUCGACCGAGCCCGCGCGCUUGGUGGGCUUCCGCGACUCGUACUUGUUGUUCAAGACGCACUUGACGCUCUUCAAGAAGGUGUGCACGCACGACGAGAAGAUGGACUUGAUCAACCGCCAGUUGAUCCCCACGUCGUACAAGGGCCGCGCGGUCAACCUCGUGACGGCGCGCUCGAUCUUCCGCGAGUUCGGCGCGCGCAUGCUUGUGGGCGGCAAGAAGGUCACGGACGACUUCUGGGAGCAGAAGGCGCGCGACCGCGGCGACGUCGAGGGCGACCCGGCGGACCCGGAGGAGGCCGCGGUGAAGGUGCCCAGCUACAACGCGGCCGACCACAACGCGUACCUGGCGCAGGUCACGGGCUCUGCGUUGAUCAACUACCAGACGGACGCCACGUGGAUGUACCAGGUGGCGCAGCAGACCGUCGACUACAACAAGCAGCUAGCCGACGCGAGGGCGCAGGCGUGGCUGCGCGGCGUCAAGGACACCUACAGCGGCUUCAACUUCUACCCGGCCGCGAGCCAGCCGCGGCGGGCGCAGCUCGCCAAGCUCCGCGGCGCAGCGGACGACCGCUCGUUCGACUGCACGGUCCGGUUCUUCCACCCCAACGUGCGCCGGACGGCGACGGGGUUGGCCAACGUGCCGCGCGACGUGCUCGACUGCAUCGAGGACGGGGCCGUCAAGAGGGCGGUUCUCGAGCAGCAGCAGUUCGAGCGGUCCAUCCAGCACUGA